CAAUGGCGCGAGAUUGUGAACAAGAAGUUUCGCUUCCCCCCGGAGCUCCUCGGGGCCAUCCGCGAGGGGAACAUGCACCUGGUCUCAUCUCUGUUGAAGACGGGUGACGGCAUCAUCCGUCAGCUGGAUGACACUGAAGACAGGCAAUGGAGAGAAGCACUGAACCUGUCCAUCCGACUGGGUAAUGAGGACACCAUGAACACCCUGAUCCAAAGCAUUAAGUUUGACUUCCGGCAGAUCCACGAAGCUCUUCUGGUGGCUGUGGAUACCAACCAACCUCGUGUGGUCAAGCGCCUUCUUGACCGAUUGGAUCAGGAGAAGGGCAAUAAGAUGGACGUUCGCUCUUUCUCUAUGGCUAUUUUUGACCACUCCAUCGACGAUUCACAGUUUGCCCCUGGAGUGACACCACUGACGCUGGCCUGUCAGAAGGAUCUGUAUGAAAUCGUGACCAUGCUCAAUCAGAAAGGUCACGAAAUUCCCUGGCCCCAUAAAAUGUCAUGUGCAUGUCUGGAGUGUACGAAUGGUCGCCAGUAUGACUUACUUAAGUUCUCAUUGUCUCGCAUCAAUACCUACCGAGGCAUUGCCAGUCGUGCUUACCUGUCCAUCACCGCAGAAGAUGCAAUGCUCAGUGCCUUCCGACUAAGCCGGGAUCUUCGCAAGCUGUCUAAGAAGGAACCUGAAUUUAAGCCUCAGUAUCUUGCCCUUGAGGAUUUGUGCCAGGAGUUUGCCGUGGAGCUGCUCGGAAUGUGCCGGAAUCAAAGUGAGGUCACCACUAUCCUAAACAACUGUGGCAAUCUGGAUGAAGACAGUGAGGAUGAGCUGGACCAGCAGGCAUUUGAGGAGGGCAUCCCUAACCUGGCUCGCUUAAGGCUUGCAGUCAACUACAAUCAAAAACGGUUUGUAGCUCAUCCGAUCUGCCAGCAGGUGCUCUCCUCCAUCUGGUGUGGAAACCUUUCAGGUUGGAGGGGCAGCAGAACAACCUGGAAGCUCCUAGUGUCUUUUGGGAUUUUCUUGACCAUGCCUAUCCUUUGCCUCGUCUACUGGAUUGCACCAAAGUCAAAGUUGGGGAAGAUUCUGAAGACUCCCGUGAUUAAAUUCCUCCUCCAUUCUGCCUCGUAUAUGUGGUUUCUCAUCACACUGCUGGGGGAAUCCAUUGCGAUGGAGAUAUAUCGGGAAAACUUUGCCUCUCGUCAGCAGAACAUGCUGCACAACUCCUUUCACAUGGUCUGGGUGGUUGGUUUCUUCUGGUUUGAAUGUAAGGAGGUUUGGAUUGAAGGCCUGAGAAGUUACUUUCUGGACUGGUGGAACUGUCUGGACUGUCUGGUUCUUAGCAUGUAUCUGGCUUCAUUCACUCUGAGAGUGGUCAUCAUGCUGAAGGGCAUCGUCGUGUGUGACUUACCCCAGAAUCACGAUGAGUGUGUCUACUUCACAGAAGCCUUGCGUGAUGGUUGGCAUCAGGAGGAUCCUCAGUUUAUCGCUGAGGUGUUGUUUGCAGUGACAAGCAUGUUAAGCUUCACUCGCUUGGCCUACAUCUUACCAGCACAUGAAUCUCUUGGUACACUGCAGAUAUCUAUUGGAAAGAUGAUUGAUGAUAUGAUGAGAUUUAUGUUUAUUUUGGUAAUCAUUGGAACGGCUUUCCUGUGUGGCCUCAACAACAUCUAUGUCCCUUAUGUGAUCUCCCCUAACCUUGGAAGAUUAAACGAAACCUUCCGCUAUCUCUUCUGGACCAUGUUUGGUGUAGCUGAUCAAACCUACGUGGAUAUGCCUGAGUUUGUAUUGGCCGAGUUUGUUGGCAGGAUCCUUUAUGGCAUCUACACGUUGCUUAUAGUCAUUGUACUUCUCAACAUGCUCAUUGCCAUGAUCACCAACUCUUUUCAGAAAAUUGAGGAUGAUGCUGAUGUAGAGUGGAAGUUUGCCCGUUCGAAGCUCUAUCUGAGCUAUUUCAGAGAAGGACUGACUAUGCCCGUUCCCUUCAACAUUAUUCCCUCUCCCAAAGCCGGUUUCUACCUCUUACGAGGAAUUUUCAGAAGGAUCUGCUGCUGCUGUCUCAACUGUAACUCGGGUCCGGAUUAUCCUCCAAUCGCAUCCUUGGAUGACAAGGGCACAGGGGAGGGCCGGGUACCAUACAGACAGCAAGUGAUCCGGGCUCUGGUUCAACGCUACAUCGAAUCUGCCAGGAGAGAGUUUGAGGAGACAAAACGCAAAGACGUUGGUAACCGAAUCACAGAGCUGAGCAAAGUGGUUGGUCGUCUACACACGGAAAUGAAGCAGAUCCACUCGAGCCUGCAAAACUACACAGGCGACACCAAAGCGGACCCAUCCGGAGGCUCUUCUUUCCUGGGGAAGUACAUUGUUGGAGCCAAAAACAACUUUAGGGACUUCAGCAAUGAUAGGAAGACUCCUCCUCUGGACACUUCUGCACACAAUAAAGAUCAAGGGGAAACCAAUGAAAACAGAGGAACUAUGGACAUGCAGGAGUCUCCAGGCGGUGACACCGAGAUAGAUAAAGAAUCAAAUGAAGGGCAGACCAGUGAGGUAGGGGAACACACAGUGAACAUUGAUGAGACAAAUGGGGAUGUGGAGAAUGGAAAUCAUGAAGGUGCCAGAAACAAUACAGAUAGCGAGCAAACAGAGGAUUUAAAUGAGACGGUCAUAGAUAUAGAGACCCGUACAGACACAGAGAGUGAGAGAAACAGUGAAGAUGAGACAGUGAUGACUAAGGAAGCCAGAAAUAAUAUAGAGGAAACAGAUGAAGAUGUAAAUGAAGCAGAGAAUGAUGGAUCUAAUGCUGAUGUCAGUAAAGAAAGUGCCGAAAUAAAGAUCGACCUAAACAGAGGAAACUUAGUGAGUUUUAUGGCAAAGAGGAUAGAAGAAAAGUUAGGAAGAAAAGACAUGAAGUUAAUUUUCAGUGGAAAUCAUGUAUUGUCUCCAACCGGCAGUGAGAUCUCCCAAGACACUGGCUUUGGUUCUCAGGAAUUUGACCUCUCGGUGAACAGCCCAGAAUGAUGGGGAUUAGUUUAUUUGGUUCAGAUUAGUCCAAAACUAAGAAUCAUUCAACUGCUGACUUGUUUAAAGAUACUAAAAUGCUUUAUGAUAUAGUCAAUAUUUGGAUAUAAAAGUCACAAUUCAAAUUUGUUCAGUGACUCUACUGUCCAAAUAUUUUUGGGGGUCACUGUAUAAAUAGUCUGCUUUGAGAGCGGCAUUAUGAUGUGGUAUUCUAAGGCAGUGUUUCUCAAACUGGGGGGCUCUGAGAUUAAAGGUUUAAAGACAUUUAAUCAAAUACAUUAAUUUAUCAUAAAUGUUAUGCAAUAAUUAAACCUCAGAAAAAUUAGGUUACUAACAAAGAUCACUACAUUAUAUAAUUUAAAGGAACAGUAUGUAGGAUUGUGGCCAAAACUGGUACUGCAAUCACAAAACUUGUGGCUAAAACUGGUACUGCAAUCACACAACUGGUGGCCAAUACACAAAAUGACAACAUAAACCUCAGCUGAGGGCUGCAACUCCACUUUUUAAAUGACAAUAUCCUGGCCGGACCACUGUUAUCAUUGAUAUAAGUAUUGGAAAUGAAAAUUACUUCUGAAUGUCUAGUGACAUAUCAGGGCCAUUUUAUGAUUAAUUGAUAUACAUU